ACACACACUCACAUGCACACACCUGUUUGUAGGGGUAUAUAGGAUCAGUCCGUAGGCGUGUUUGGUGUAUCUUCUCUAGUCUAGCAUCACCAUGGCUCCCACAUACCUGAAGACAAUCCUGCUUCUCUGCUGUGUUGGGACCAUGUUCAGUUCAACCUCAGCUGCAUACGGUCCUAGGAGACUUUACUGUUGUGUGGAGUACCAGGAGAAGCCUAUACCCGACCAGCAGAUAAAAGGCUACAAACUACAGAGGUCCAAGGAGGUGUGCAACAUCGACGCUAUCAUCUUCUACACCUUGAAGAACAAAAAGGUGUGCGCCACAGUUAAGGACGAAUGGGUGAGGAAGGCUCUGGCUCGUCUCAGCUCCGAACUGAAGAAGAUGUCUAGCAGCAAGACUGUGACGGGAACGCCCCCCACCACCCCGAUCUGAAAGAAACAUCCAGCCACAGCAACAUUCUCCUACAUCACCAGUAAUCCCAACAUUCAGUAAUGUGGUGAAAUGAUGCAGAUAUUAUGUGAAAUAUAAUGCAUUAGCUCUGAUGUUUGCUGUUGUUGAUGACUGUAGUACUCUAUUGCUUAAGCUUACAGGGGUCCUCUGAAUCCACAAUAUAAGCUAGUAAAGUCAACGGCUUCAAUUAAUCAUAUUUUUUCUACAUUUAAAUGUAGAACGUUUGUUUCUUUUAAGGUCGGCAGAAAUAAAAUUAUUUGAGAUAA